GGGGGGGGGGUGUCUUGGGAGAACUAGAGAGAGGGCCCUAUGGAUUGGUCAUUAUUACAGGCCAGUAGGAAGGCUGGGACCCGUGGCAAAGCUGCAGCGACCAAGCAGGCCCAACGUGGCUCUUCCAACGUCUUCUCAAUGUUCGAACAAGCCCAGAUUCAGGAAUUCAAAGAAGCUUUCAGCUGCAUUGACCAGAAUCGAGAUGGUAUCAUCUGCAAGUCAGACUUGAAGGAGACCUACUCCCAGCUGGGAAGGGUAAGUGUCCCAGAGGAGGAGCUGGACGCCAUGCUGCAAGAAGGGAAGGGCCCCAUCAACUUCACUGUCUUCCUCACACUCUUCGGGGAGAAACUCAAUGGGACCGACCCAGAGGAAGCCAUCUUGAGUGCUUUCCGCAUGUUUGACCCCAGCGGCCAGGGCGUGGUGAACAAAGAUGAAUUCAAGCAGCUUCUAAUGACCCAGGCAGACAAGUUCUCUCCUGCUGAGGUGGAGCAGCUGUUUGCCCUGACGCCCAUGGACCUGGCAGGCAACAUGGACUACAAGUCUCUCUGCUACAUCAUCACCCACGGGGAUGAGAAAGAGGAGUAGAGGCAGGCUGGGGUCACCUCAAUAAACUCUGUGCCUGAACUAGAACCGAGGUGUUGGCUUGACU